AUGAUUAAAGAACAAAUCCAUACUGAUAAAAACAUACAGCAAUGUGAAUUUGUUCCUAAUGAUCCGUUUUUUGAUAUCGAACAAAAUGCCAUGGAGAUUUUUGAAAUCCCAAGUAAGAAACAACGUAGUAGGAGUAUUAGUGAAUUAAUACCGAAUGAUCCGUAUAGGACCAUUGAACUUCAUUGCGAAGAAAUUUUUGAACCGCGUCAAAGGAAAAGAAGCAAUAGCGAGUUGAUUCCUAAUGACCCUUUAAGAAGUAUUGAAAUUCAUGCACCAGAAAUUUUCGAUGUUAAUGCUAAAAUUCAAAGAGAAGAGGAGGAUCCUUUUAAAAAAAUUGAAAUAUACGCAGAAAAAAUUUUUCAAUAA